AUGAAGCAUACUCAAGGGGCAUGCCUAGACGACUCGGAGCUGUUCAACUACGGUGACCACUGGGAGAAGAUGUUUGAACUACUCCCAGAACUUGCAGAUCCUCGCUUUAGUGAGGAUAAAAGUAUCAGGCCCAAAUUCACUCCUCUUGAUUCAGAAAUCAGUUUGCUCCGUCAUGCACGAACAUCAUGCAAAGAGGCUAUACGACAAGAGAAAAUCCUAAACCCUGAAGAUUGGCAUGAAAAUCCACAUAAAGUGAUUUACAGGACAUUUUCUGAUCUCCACUAUGUGUGUACUGCAAAUUAUGUUAUCAUUAAUGACCGAGAAGCCUUUGAGACAGGGCAUGCCCGUAUUGUCUACGUUGAUAGCAGACAGAAUAUUGUGCGCGAAGCCCGCUUCGAGGUUGUCCUGGGGUCCUUCGAGGAGACCAUGCUGGACUGGUUCGAUAUCACUCUAACGCAGUGGCUGUGGGAGGACAGCGAGGUGGGAGAGAAAUAUUGA